ACCACCGAAAGGACCAAAAAGAAAAAAAAGAAAUGGUGGUGGUGGUGGUGAUCGAGGUAAUAGAAAAAGAAAACGUUCAAAUAGUCUUGUAAUGAUGGGUUCUGGUAUAGGAAUGAAACAUAAAUUUUCAACAUCGCCACCUAAUCAUUCAUUACAACAAUCAUUAAAUGAACCAUCGUCAUCAACAUCAUCAUCAACUGUUAUCAUACAGUCAUCUUCAUCACCAUCAUCAUCAUCAACGACUACAAAUAUUAGCCAUCAACGUGAUCCAUUCGAUGUAACACAAUAUUUGAACGACUCAUCAUUUGAUACUGUCGAACUGUCUGAUGAAAUAGAAUUCAGAUUUGAGUUGAUUGAAUUUGAUGUUUUCAUGGAAAUAUUAGGCUGUAAAAUCAAUGAAGAAAGUGAAGCAUUUAAAAACGGUAAUGUUCCACAACAAGAAAGAUCAAAAUUAAUGUCGCGAAUAGUGAAAAUUAUGAAAAAAUUACAUGGCAAUGAUCCAGAUACGGCUCGACGAUUUGCUAGACUUAAACGUCGAUCGAAAGAAAAACAAAAUUCCACAAGUAUUGCAUCAAAAACUGGUGUGUACAAAACACCAUGCCGUUUUUAUAUGGAAGGCAAAUGUCACAAAGGAUCCGAUUGUCUUUAUUCUCACGAUGUUGCUAUUCCUAAACGUAAAGAAUUGUGCAAAUUUUACCUACAAGGUUUUUGUGGUAAAGGAGAUGAUUGUCUUUUUAUGCAUGGUGAAUUUCCAUGUAAAUUUUUCCAUACAAAUACUAAAUGUUAUUCUGGAGAGAAUUGUCGAUUCAGUCAUCAACCACUCACUCCAGAAAGUCGAGAGAUACUACGAAGCUAUUUAGAUUCAGGAACAUUUCCAGAUGAAGUAAAGCCCUAUAGGCCUAUUAAUAAUCCAAAUGAUUGGAUUAAAGAUGACGAUGAUCCAGACUCAAAUGAUUAUGACUAUGAAGCAUUAUUAUCAAACAAAACUCGAAAAGUUUUACUUGGAGCUCCUACUGAGAAAAUGAAAAAUUCUCUAGAAACUUGGAAAUGGCAACUGGAAUUGAAAGAAUCUGAACAAGCAUACACUGGUUCAAAACGUAAUCUAUUCAGUAUUGAUGAUGGCCUAACUUUAACAGAGAAACCACCUACACCAAGAAUCGAAGAAGAUGAUGAAGUAAUUGAGGCGCACAUUCAAAACUAUUAUAAUGAUCUACUCGAUACAGAUGAUUAUGAUGAAAUGAUACAUUUGAAAGAAAUUGAAGAAUUGGAACAAAAAUUGAAACAAGAAGAACAAAUACGUAAACAGCAGCCAACACCACUUGAAUCGCAAACGGAAUUUCCGAAUCCUUCGAUUGUACCAGCUGCUUCACCAUUACAGCAAUCGCAAUUUAAAGAAGAGCUUAGUGAAGAAGAGAAACGAUUGAUUGAAGCUUCAAUGAAAGAUGAAGAUCUUCGUAUUAUGCCUAAUCAACCUUUCACACUUCCACCUGCUUUUGGUGGAUCACCACAGCCGCCUCCUCAAUUAUCAAUGGCUCAGCCAACCAUUUCAGUUGUCGAUCAAACAACGCCUCCAUAUGUAACGAAUUUUAAUUCUCCUCAUCAUAAUCCAUUUGGUUUGCCACAACCAUUAUUAGAUGAUUCGAAACCUUUUGGUAUUAAUAACAUGGAUCCAUCAUUAUCAAAAUUACCAGUUCAACCACAGCCUUCGCAAGAUCCAAGAUCUCGUGAUCCAAGAAUUCGUGAUCCUCGUCUGAAUAAUUCAAAUCGCUCAGUGCCUAGCAUCGUAACAACAGCCACAUCUUUAGUAACGAAUAGUUCAUCCAAUUUUAGCAUGACUAGCGGUAAUGUGAUACCAACAUCAUCGAUGCCAACACAUCCUACAGUAUCUACUGUAACUCAAAUGAAACCCGAAAGUAAAUCGAUCAAAUCUAACCCGAAUCUAGUCAUCAAAUACAAAUUGAUUGGCGUUGAAGUAAAUACGAUCGAUUAUUCUGAUUAUUAUGAAUCUUAUCAAGCGGAUACAUCUCUUAAAUGUGAUCCUCGAUUAAAACGAUUUUUUGACAAUCCAUUGCCAUCGCCUCGAUUCAAAUCAAGUAGCAACGCUGUUGAACAUCCAGAUCAUUCUUUGACGGUGCAAGAAUCGAAUUUUAUAAAAUCACCAACUGAAUCAUUUACAACGACGGGACAAAAACUGCCAUCACAAUCGGCAAUAAGCAAAUCUUUUUCUUCACAAUCAUCAUCAUCAUCAACAUCAAAUAACAGCAUGAUUUCAAGAGAUCCUCGUAUGCGUAAUCGAAUUAAUGAAAAUGAUCUUCGCAAUAGCCUGGAUACCAAGAAUAGUGACAGUAAUACAAGUAUUAUUUCUACAAGCUCUACCGAUCAAACCAUCACAACAACAUCACCAUUAUCAUUAACAACUACGACUACAACUGUGGUGGCUGGAGAUUUAGAAACUAAUACUGAUACUAAAUCUCAAAAUAAUAGCACAGCAUCUGAUCAAAAUACUCAAAAUAAUCUGACGGAAGUUGCUAAUAAAACUAACGAUCGAUCGUCGAUACCAUCAUAUGCAUUGUCGGCAUUGCCCACAACUCAAUCAUUAUUUUCAUCAGUUACCGGAAGUAGUCUAUUGCCAUUUGCUAAGCCAUCCACAACUGAAUCAUCAUCAUCAUCAUCAUUAUUAUUGGAUUCGAAUAAUGAUAAUGACGACGAUGAUGAUGAUGAUGAUGAUGAAGAAGAUCGACUAAAAGUUGAUGAAAAUCCUAUCGAUUCUACUCUUAAUGAUCGUAAAGUUGAAACAAAUAUUACAUUUGACGAACCAUCAUCAUCGGAAACGAAAUUAUGGCCAAAAGGAAACAACAUUGGAAAUAAUAUGAUAAAUAAUGAUGUCACAACUACAACGAAAACAUUAUCUGUGAUAGAUUCAUCUGAUUAUGAAAUGGGAAUCGAUCUUCGAGUUUCUUCUACUUCAUCAAAUUUGUUUGAUAAAAAUAUCUCUUUAAAUGUGAAUCGAAUGAACAUCCGUUUACCGAAACCUCAAUCAUUAUCAUCAUCAUCAUCAAUGUUAACCACAACAACAACAACAGAUGCAGCUAUGACAAAUCAAGAUGACAAUCAAAAUAGUAGUAAUAAUGAAUCAGAAUCAGAAUAUGAAAAUGAAUUAAUUAUAGCUACUAGUAGUUCUGAAACAGAAGAUAAUAUCCAAUUAUUGAAUUCAUCAUCAUCAUUGAAUAAUAAUGAUAAUAAUGUUGUUGAUGAUGAUGAUGAACAACAACAAUUACAAAAACAUCAACAAAAUAAUACUGUCAGUAGUUGUGGUAGUAGUGAUGAUGUAUGAUCAAGAAAAUAAAAUAAAAUAAUGUCAACUUUAUUAUUAUAAAUUAAGGCCACAAUGGAUUAACCAUCAUUUUUUU